UGUUAGCAGCAGCCAUGUCAGUAACAGGUGGACAGAUCUGAGCGUGACAUGUCUCCGGUCUGUAAGGUGAUACAUUAGACCAACAUUUGUAGAGAAAAUAUGUCAGGAAAAGGGGAUUUAGCUAAACUGGACGUUGGUGUAUUAACUGCUGAUCAGCAGGAGAAACUUCGACAGUUCAAGAUCAAGACGAGAAUUAACAAUGAGAAGUAUUUGGGAUCACAUCCAGAAGUGGAGGUAUUGAUAGGUGACUUUUUAAGAGAUGUGCUUCUAAAAAGGCCUGCGGACAUCCGGGAUUUCGCUGCAGAUCACUUCACCAAUCCAGACCUUCAUGUGUUAAUCGGCUCCAAAAUGGAAGGAAACAUGGAGUGAAAGACACCCAACAGUCACAGUGCUUCCCCUUUUUGCCUUCUCUGUUCAGAGCAACACAUGCAUGGACUCUAUCUUCAGUCAAAACAAAGACACAAAUACAUUUACGUCAGUCCACUUGAUAGCGCUAGUGUCCGAUUCCCCAUCAUACACAUGCAGGAAGCCAACAGAUGGGGAAGAUGCUAACUGCAUUUCCUAAUAAGAGUGAUUAAAAGGUUAGAAAGUGGAGAAGAUGUCCUGUGGGUCUCACACAUACGUUGACACACUGUGCUGUUGGCCACGUCACCAAUAUGAUUAGGAAGGGAAAUAUCAAGGCUGCAUUUUGUUUUUACUCCUUUCAACAACUAUUUCACCAGAACCAUCUAUGUGGCCCGCGUUGUGGGCACACAGCUGUCAUGGUCCGCAUUGAUCUGGAUAUGGGCCAGUCAACACUGAUUUAUUUAGUUUUUGUCUUUCUAAUUUUUAAAUCUGUCUUAAAGUGUUUCUCUUGUGUUUUUACAUCUCUUGUUCAUUUUUUAAACAUAUGUUUGUGUUUGUGCCAUUGAAAGUAAGGAAAAGUUAUAGAUUGCAAAAAGAUUAAAGAAGUGAACAAUUUAUGGAUUUUUUCUUUCAGAUAAAUGUGUCUAUUCAACUCCACCGUUUCACCUAAUCCUACUUCUACAACGACCUUAAUAUUCAAAUGUGCUCGGUUUCGGUUGUCACAGCUCUGUAUUCAGGAGCUUAUGUUUGCCCACUUGCUUUAUGGAUUGUGUAAAUAAAGCCUUUAC